AUGCCAACCAUUAGAAAAUUGAUGUCAAACUCGUCACUUAUCUUCAUGAACCUUAAUGAAUCGCAAAAUGGCAACACCAGUGAUGAAGACCUUCACUGGAACAAUCCUAUUAAUACUUUCAUACAGAUGUUCUCUCACCGAAGUUCCAUGUCGUUAGAACAAUGGUCUGAUACGACUCACGUCAAUCAACUCAUUGAUGGUGCAGCUAAUUCGCCCGUUUCCUACGAACACUUGAUUCACUUUGUUCAGUCUUCUAAACUUCUAAACAACCUUCUUUUGAUGUUUACAGAGAUUAUCGUAGAGGAUCUGACCAAGUAUCAACUCAAAAAGAAUCGGAGGACCAAAGUUUACGAUGUGGUUCAUGAGCAUCUUUACAUAUCUACCAUGGCAUUGAUUAACGCAAACUUGACCAUGAAAAAUGGGGCCGAUGAUGUGCUUUACAGCUGCAUAACCGCAUGGAUCAACUACAUUUCGAUGGCGAGAAAUAUGUCACCGCAUGGUAGAAUGAAUCUAAGUGAGAUGUUUGGAAAUUUGAUUGAACUAAUGUGUGAAUCUCGAGAGGAGACAGACAAUUUCGUGAGCGGUGAAAGGGUUCUUGGUAUACUGGCAAAUGUUUUCUCUAAUGACCCAACUUUAAUGGAUUACGAGCUACGUGAAAAAAUUGAAGCUAUAUUUGUGGGGGUUUCUAGAUCAGGAAAGGCUGACACUUCAAAACACCAAUGGAUGUUGCAGUACAUGAAUCACUUGGUGACGCAUGACAUGAAUGACGAGCUUAAAGAGUUGGCAGUUUGCAUGGUUGAUUUUUUACAGAUCAAUACGUUGGAUUUGAGCAAUAAACUGUUUACGAACAUAAGCUCUACCGAGAUCAAUCAGGAAACCUCACAGCAAUAUGUGAAAGUUCUUCUACAAAUGAGUAAUUUUCCAUUGACUCCCAUUCUAGAGGAGUUUUUCUCAGCCCGGAUGGUUGAUUUCUGGUUAGAUUUGGCGGAUGCUUACACUAAUCUUGUUCCCACGACCAUAUCUGAGCAGGGAUCUGAUCUAGCUAUUGGUAUCUUUCAGCAAGUUCUCGGUAUCUAUCUACCUAAAAUCAGCUUAAUGAACAAACAGAAACUGAUGGAACACGACUCUGAUGAAGCGCCUGUUCAUGAGUUCGAUGAUUUUAGAACUGCGGUAACUGAUUUUAUUGAAUCUCUAUGGUCGAUUUUAGGUAACGAUAAGCUAACAAACGUUCUAAUUGCCAACAUAGGCAGCUCUUCAGGCAGCGACGUCGAUAUUUUUGGGAUUGAGGCAAUGUCCCUGUUGCUAAAUACCUUGCUAACAGAUAUGACACUCUCAGAAAGUCCUUGGAUUUGUGAUAUUCUGGAAUCAAGUGAAAAUAUCAUAAAGAAUAUCGUACUUCUCCUGGAAACAGGCUAUGCAGAUGCAGGCAACAAUUCUGUUGAAAAAGCUAUCAAACUUGAUUUUGUGAGAACUAGCUCUAGUUUGAUUGGAUCGUUGGCCGGCUACUUAAAACAAUCGCCAGCUCGCUUAAGCACAUGUGUCGACGUUCUUUUUAAGGGUUUGGAAAACUGUACAAUCAACUCUAAUGAUGGCAAUGGUGAUUAUCAUGAUAAAUUAGAGGCGUUGACGAUAAAAGCCAUAUCAAUUCUUUGCGAUACAUGUCGAUCUGAAUUAAGUUCAUAUCUUCUGCAAUUAUUCAAUGUGCUUAAUACGAUCCUGAUACCCGGGUCCAAUGUCUCUAGUUUUACAAGAGAGAAGCUGGUUCGCUCCCUUGGCUUUCUCAUCGAGUCCAAAGUUGAAUCGCGGCCGGAGGAACAAGGAACCUAUGUGUCGCAAGCCAUUGACAUUUUCAACAACUUCAUUCAGCAAGUUAUCAGUAUGCCGAAUGAGCAGACGCAAGAACAAAGAAAUUAUAUACACUGUUUGCUGACAUGCAUAUCCGAAUUAGGAUCUGCUUUAUUACCAUCUGAUGAGAGCGAUAACUCUUUAGUACUGCAAAAACUCCCAGAGCUUCGGGAUUUCUGGCAACGCGAUCCACUACAAGUGAGAGCCAAGAUUCUUAAUCUGCUCUUGCAGGUUUUAAACAAUCCAGUGUAUUCCAGAGAUUCAGGGUUUGUCGAAGUGAGCUGCUUGAUUGUUGGAAAAGGUCUAAAAUUGGCCGAUGAUGAGCCUUUUUUUCUCAAGUAUUCCAUGGCAGAGAUUUUAAAUUUCGUUCUAGACCAGAUACCAAAAGCUGACCUGCCAUCUUCUUUGCCCUUUUAUUCAUACCUGCUGGAAAACCUGGUCAACCAGUACAAGGAUCGACUAACCCAGCAAGAAUUUGAUUACAUAUUCGACAACGUUUUCCUAAAAUACUACGAAGGCGUCAUCACCAAUGAUCCAGAUUUGCAGCAAACAAUUAUCAAUUUCGUUAACACAAUUCUUGAUUCUAAACCAUCCUUUGCCAUCUACUCUUCCUAUUGGGAAUCCUUUGUUUUAAUUGAGUUCGCUAAACUGCUUUCUACAAGAGAAAAGUUUACAAUUGUGGCAAUCACAAAGUUCUGGACAAAGGUCAUGAACAACAAAAAAUACACCGAAGCAGACCUGGCCACUACGCGGCACCAAAUUAACUCUAUCGGCCAACAGUUGAUUUACCAAACAAUGUUCGGCCUCUACCAUACUCAAAGAUCAGACUUAAACAGUUAUACGGACUUGCUAAGAGCUUUUGUGGCCAAGUUCCCCAUGCAGACAAAGAACUGGCUCACCAUAGUGCUUCCUCAAAUUUGCAGCAACAAUUCCGCGCACGAAAGAUUUAUCAAUAAACUGCAAAUCACUAGAGGCAAUCGAGCAGCAGCCAACGUUAUAUUAGAAUGGUGGCUAGAAUGUAACCAACUGCCCACUUUAUAA